AUGCAAGCGGUCCUAGGAAAGGUUGGCGUCGGUCCAUCCAAAGUGCUGCACGAUCUCAGCGGAAAAACCGCGCUUGUCACGGGAGGAGCACAAGGAAUCGGAUAUGAGGUUGCCAAAGCAUUCUCGAGCGUCAAUGCUCGAGUCAUCAUGGUCAACCGCAAAGAGGAGCAGGGCACAGCGGCAGUGAAGGCGAUCAAGGAUGAAAUGGGUGCCGGGGCAAAUGUGGAGUGGGUGCACUGCGAUUUUGGGAAUCUCAAAGAGGUUCAGAGUGUUUUCACCAAGAUCCGUGAAAAGGAGGACAAAUUGGACCUGCUGGUGAUGGCAGCGGGAAUCGGGGCGAAUAAAUUUGCCCUGACGGAGGACGGCUUGGACCGCCUUUUCGAGGUCAACUGGCUCGGGCAAUACUACGCGACGAACAUCCUCUAUCCGCUGAUCCGCAAGACCUCGAUGAUGCCCGCCGCUUCUCCGCCGCGGAUUAUGAUGCUGACAUCAGAACUGUACCGAACGGCACCGUCGAAUAUUCGGUUCGAAUCGAUCGACGAGAUCAACGACGAGAAGCUGGGGCCCAACGAGCUGUACGCAAGGUCAAAGCUUGCCGUGAUUCUCGGCAUCAAGUAUGGGCUGUUUGAACGUGUGAUUAAGAAGAAUGGGGAUAACGUCUUUGCAAUGGCAAUCUACCCGGGAACAGUAAAAACCGAGAUGCAAAAGCAAUGGAAAGAGGCAUAUCCCGGCGUAACGGGAAAGCUUCUGCAGCUGGCUGCGGGAGCAAUCAGUCGCUCCCCGGAGCAGGGGGCGUUUAGCACGCUAUAUGCGGCAACUAGCCCUGAGAUAGAAGAGAAGCAAUGGAACGGCGCCUAUAUCCUCGAGCCGGGACAAUUGGGCAAGGAGAACUCGCAAGUGAACCCGGAACUGGGGGCCAAUCUUUGGGAUCUCAGCCAGAAGAUCAUCAAGCAAAAGGUUGGCGAGAAUGCGUUUGUCGAGUGGAAGUGA